CGACCCCGCGGCGACGCCUCCGCUUCCCGGGCCAGUCCGAAGCCUCGCCCAGGCUGGGGGUCGCCAUGGGCGCGCAGGGCUCGCAGCAGCAGCGGCCGGUUCCGGAGCAGGAGGCGAUCAUGGCCGAGACCGGCUUUUCCGAAGCCAGCCUUGCCCGCCUUCACCAGCGCUUCCAGGCCUUGGACAGGGAGGAGAAGGGCUACCUGAACCGAUACGAUCUGGAAGGGAUCGGGGAGUUGGCAGUGAACCCCAUCGGAGACCGCAUCAUCAACGCCUUCUUCCCGGACGGGGGUGAGGAGGCCGACUUCCGCUCCUUUGCUCGGGUGCUGGCUCACUUCCGGCCGGUCGAGGCCCCCGGCAACUCCGAGGACAUCAACAGCCGCCUUAGCAAGCUGAAGUUUGCUUUUCAGUUAUACGACCAAGAUAAGGAUGGCAAGAUCUCCCGGGCUGAGAUGCUGCAGGUCUUGAGAAUGAUGGUGGGCAUCCAGGUGACCAACGACCAACUGGAGAAUAUCACGGACCGAACCAUCCAGGAGGCUGACAGAGAUGGAGACAACGCGAUCUCCUUUGAGGAGUUCACCAAGUCGGUGGAAAAGCUGAAUAUUGAGCGGAAGAUGAGUCUGCGCAUCCUGAAAUGAGGAAGGCGCAGGGGGCUCCCCAAAGAGGAUUUUAUGGCGAAAGGUCAGGAAAAAUAUGAGUUGCAAAGCAUCCGGAUCUGGUCCAAUCUUUCUCGGGUUCCCGACAGACUCUUGGGAGCCCCCUGCGCAGAAGGUCUGUUUCGGAGAUGUGACCACGAGUUCGGGCAGCUGUGACUUGGCCUGCGGUGUGAGUCUUAGGCCUCCAGUUAUGGAUUAGCUUAGUUAGUAGAACUGUGAUCCGAAAAGGAGCAAUUUAUGUAAUGGUGCGGUGCUUAAAGGCAGUCCUCGACUUACAACCAUUUGCUUAGUGACCGUUCGAAGUUACAACGGCACUGAAAAAAAGGACCGUUUUUCCCACGGCCAUUGCGACUUCCCCAGGGUCAUGUGAGCAAAAUUUGGACGCUUGGCAACUGACUUGUGUUUAUGACAGUCACAGUCGUGUCCCGGGGAUCACGUGAUCCUCUUUUGAGACCUUCUGAGCAAGCAAAGUCAAUGGGGAAGCCAGAUUCACUUAACGUCCGUGUUUACUACCUUAACGGGUGCGGCAAUUUGCUUAACCACCACGUUACUAAUUUAAUCCCAGCAGUGAUUCAGUUCACAACCGUGACAAUGGGGCAAAAUUUGUUUAACGACCGUCUUGCGUAGCAGCAGAAAUUUGGGGCUCAAUUGUGGUCAUACGUUGAGGACUGCAUGCAUUUUGUGCGUUCGUGUGUAUUGCAGGCGCUUUGAUCUGUUUCAGAGAAGGGGAAAUCUGUCUAGCAUUCAGGGCUCUUUUAUCCCAUUGGCACAAAUAUGAGGACUUGCAGGUUUUCUGGAUGUUUUACAACGGAUUCCGGACGUAAAAGAUGCAUGAAAGUAGUCCUCGAUUUACAGCCAUUUGUUUAGCGACCAAUUGAAGUUACACCAGCACUGAAAAAAAGGGGACUUACACCCAGUCCUCGCACUUACAACCAUCGCAGCAUCCCCACGGUCACGUGAUCAAAAUUCACUCUUUGCAACCGGCAUGCAUUUACGACAGUGGCAGCAUCCUGGGAUCUUGUGAUCGCCAUUUGUGACCCUCCCCGGUUGACGUCCGGCAAGCAAAGGGGGUGGGGGAAAUGGCCACUAAGUGGAGCCAACAAAAUCCUGUGCUGGAUUUACACUUAUAUAGAUUAAAUGCUUCGUCAGCCUGGA